CGAGGGUUCCGGCAAAAUGUCCCGCUACCACAUUACACGCCUACGCCACGUCUUCUCACCUCGAGAUGCACCUUGAAUACCUUUCUACACCUAUCUUACCUAUCCCUAAUAACCCUUCUAUACUUCCUGCACUGAGCGGUAGCUCUUCCGCCCUACCGUCUGACCGAUGAGUACUGCGCGGUCACCUUCGCCCAGCAGAUCCUCCCCUCAGCAUGUCUCAACCCUGAGAUCUAUAUUCAUGAAGUCUCCAGAUCAUGCAAUAUCAUCCUGGCGCUUCCUCCAAUUCCUCGCCUUCGCAUCCGCCAUUGUCACCCUCACUGGGCUCACCUGGUUCUUCGGCGGAGGGUCCACCCACUUCUCCCUCUCGAAACCCUCCCUUCCACACCUGCCUACCGAAACCUCAGGACACCCGAUCGACAGGCUCAUUGCUUCAGCGGAGGAAUCAUUUCAGGAUACAUUAGCACGGCAAACCAAGAGCUUGAAUGAGGCAGCAGCAGUUUACAGGACCCGGCGCGGCCGUCAUCCUCCUCCGGGCUUCGAUGCUUGGUACAAAUUCGCGACCGACCGCGAUGCGGUUCUCGUGGAGGAUUUCUUUGACCGGAUAUACGAUGAUUUAGGCCCGUUCUGGGGGAUCGAUCCGCGACGAAUUCGUAAACAGGCGCAUGCGGCCGAGCAGGUGGUGAUGAUUAGGAAUUUCACAACAAGUCAGAAGACCGACACAGAUAGACCGUGGAUGAACUUAUGGGAGGACCUGAUAAAGACGGUGGCGCAUUCAUUACCGGAUGUGGAUAUACCGAUCAAUGUCAUGGACGAGAGUAGGCUACUCGUGCCAUGGGAGACGAUCAACGAAUACAUGAGCGACGCCCACAAGACCAUGCUCCCAGUCGAAGCUGUCGUGGGGGAGUAUCAAGGUAUGGAACACUUCCGAGAUAACACCACAUUCGAUUGGCAAUGGCUCGGUCCCCGAGUAACAGAGCCUGCAUCGAGCCAAGGCCCGCGGUCAUACUGGUCUCUUGUCCGACCUGCCUGUCCUCCAGAUUCACCCGUGAGAAACACCCCCCUGUUUCAAGACAUCUGGACCAAGGAAUAUCAUCCAAAGCCCGAGCAUGCGGCCGCUCAGCUCCUCCAUCUCACAUUCCCAGGAUCGUCCCAUCGUGGCUACGUUCAGAACUGGACGGAAGCCACCGACCCGUGUCAGCAUCCGCACCUCCAAGGCCUCCAUGGCAAUUUUGUCGAGCCUCUGUCUAUGAAAACCUCGCAGAAGCUCUUUCCCCUCUUUGGUGGCUCCAAGCUUCCAAUGAACAACGAGAUUCUCCUCCCGGCUGCUAUGUACUGGAGUGACGACCCGCUCUACUCCGGCGGCGACUCCAACGGUGGCGAUUGGGGAUCGAAGAACAACUCCAUCAUGUGGCGCGGCGCUGCAACCGGCGGCCGUAACAGAAAGGAGACAUGGCAGCGCUUCCACCGGCACCGCUUUGUGUCCAUGCUCAAUGGCUCCCAGGUUGCCGCCGCAGAACUAACCCUCAAUCAACUCGCCGAUAAUGUUGCCGGUAUCGGACCUGGAGGGAAUAUGCGCCUUGCCCCAUCAAAUCCCUAUAACCUGCACCACCAAACAUCCGGCACCCUGGGCUCGUACAUGGCCGAUCUCACGGACGCGAGUUUCUACGACCUCCUCUGCAGCCCAGCUGAUGCUGACUACGACCGAGAGUUCUACGCUGUAACAAAGCGCGUUCCAAUGGCCGAUAUGUACGAGUAUAAGUACCUACCAGAUAUCGACGGGAACAGCUUUAGUGGGCGGUAUAGAGGCUUUUUGCGCAGUUCCAGCUUGCCAAUCAAGGCGACGGUAUAUGCGGAGUGGCAUGAUAGUCGCCUCAUGCCGUGGGUACAUUUUGUACCCAUGGACAAUACCUUUAUCGACUUCUAUGGGAUCGUAGAGUACUUCCUAGGCGAAGAGCCGGAUCUAUCUCGGCCCGAAGAGCCAACGCCAUCUGAAGCGCCGGGGCCGGAGUCCUCGGUGUCUAGUGAUGGCGGAGAGAAGAAACCAGACGGGGAAGAGAGGAAGAAGGCAGAGAAGCGCCGCCCACCAAUAAUACAAAACAAGAAGAACGGCCAUGAUGCCGCGGCCAAGAAGAUCGCGCUGGCGGGACAGGAAUGGGCGGAGAAGGUACUCAGGAGAGAGGACAUGCAGAUUUAUGUGUUUAGGCUCUUGUUGGAGUAUGCCAGGGUCUGUGAUGAGCGGAGGGAGAGACUGGGGUGGGUGCAGGAUUUGAAGAAAGGAUGAAUGGUAUGUAUGGUACAUGCAUCGAAGCCUUCCAUCCAUUCACAGAUACCCUAUAAGAAGAGAACCUUGUUCAUUCAACUAUUAUUAUGAUACCCUUCCCG